UUACAAUUGGUUUUUGAUGUGAAAUACAGUGAAGACGAGGUUAAAACAAACUGUAACCUUGUACUAAAUGUUUUUGUCAUUCAUGCAAUUGUGAAUUUGGGACAUCUACUUUUGAUUAAGUUCACUUACGUUGUGUAGCAUAGCUAAUUUUAAAGCGUGUACUUUGUCUAAUUUGAAUGAAUUCAUGUUUUGUUGUCAAUGCUUACCUACCUCAUCUAUUGAAAUGAGAUGGACAGGAGCUGAUUACCGGCACCUCAAAUUUCUACUGCUUGAGCUCAUGUUCCUCUUAUAGAAUAUUAGCUCAACCGUAUUGUGGAGCUCCUGCACCUAAAUAUAAACAGUACCAGCACCUAUUUCAGUCCAAGUCAAGCACUGAAUUAGAUAAUUGAACAAGAAGAAAUAAUAAUAUAGACAAACUUUUUUUGUCUGUUCAUUGUUACUACAGGACGACUAGAAUUAAGUCUGAAGCCGGUAACAUCAACAGUGACGACGAACCCAGCCUGCCUCUCUCCUUCCACACUGAGUCCAAACCUACAGUCACUGGGUCCUGAUUGUGACAGUGGAGCCCAGUUUGCACUGCAGGAUCCAGAGAUGGCAUCAGUGAAGCUGGAAGACUGCAGUCAAACACUGGAGCUGAAUGUCAACAUUAAAGAUGAAGAAGAGGAGGAGAAGAUUGGGAAAUCUGUUUCUCAUGGAGACCAUGUUGAGACAUUCUCUACAUCCAGAGAGCAACAGCAGGAAGAUCACAGAGCUAAGAGGUCUCAUCACUGCCCACAUUGUGAGGAGAUUUUCCCAAUUCUAUCAAAGCUAAAAAUACACCUAAAAAUACACACAGGAGAGAAUCCGUAUUCCUGUACUGACUGUGGGAAGAGUUUUUCUCGAAUGAACUUCUUAAAAACACAUAAACGUAGACAUACAGGACUGAAGCCUUACUCCUGCUCUGAAUGUGUAAAAUUCUUCACAACAUCAGCUGAGCUAAAAGUUCAUCAGAGAACACACACAGGAGAGAAGCCUUACUCCUGCUCUGACUGUGGAAAGAUUUUCUCUCAACUUGGCCCCUUAAAAAGACAUGAACGUAUACAUACAGGAGUGAAGCCUUACUCCUGCUCUGACUGUUUAAAAUGCUUCACAACAUCAGCUGAGCUAAAAGUUCAUCAGAGAACACACACAGGAGAGAAGCCUUACUCUUGCUCUGACUGUGGAAAGACUUUCUCUCAACUGGGCCCCUUAAAAAGACAUGAACUUAUACAUACAGGUGUGAAGCCUUACUCCUGCACUGACUGUGGAAAUUGCUUCACAACAUCAGGUCAGCUAGAAGUUCAUCAGAGAACACACACAGGAGAAAAACCUUACUCCUGCUCUGACUGUGGAAAGAGUUUCUCUCUACUGUUCAACUUAAAAACACAUGAACGUAUACAUACAGGAGUGAAGCCUUACUCCUGCUCUGACUGUGUAAAAUGCUUCACAACAUCAACUGACCUAAAAGUUCACCAGAGAACACACACAGGAGAGAAGCCUUACUUUUGCUCUGACUGUGGAAAGACUUUCUCUCAACUGGGCACCUUAAAACAACAUGAACGUAUACACACAGGAGAGAAGCCUUACUCCUGCUCUGACUGUGGAAAGAUUUUCUCUCAACUGGGCCCCUUAAAAAGCCACAAACUUAUACAUACAGGAGUGAAGCCUUACUCCUGCUCUGACUGUUUAAAAUGCUUCACAACAUCAACCGAGCUAAAAGUUCAUCAGAGAACACACACAGGAGAGAAGCCUUACUCCUGCUCUGACUGUGGAAAGAGUUUCUCUCAACUGGUUCUCUUAAAAAGACAUGAACGUAUACAUACAAGAGUGAAGCCUUACUCCUGCUCUGAUUGUGUAAAAUGCUUCACAACAUCAGGUCAGCUAAAAGUUCAUCAGAGAACACACACAGGAGAGAAGCCUUACUCCUGCUCUGACUGUGGAAAGAGUUUCUCUAUACUGUGUAACUUAAAAACACAUGAACGUAUACAUACAGGAGUGAAGCCUUACUCAUGCUCUGACUGUGGAAAGAGUUUCUCUAUACUGUGUAACUUAAAAACACAUGAACGUAUACAUACAUGAGUUGUUCCUCACCGCUGAUCUGACUCUAGAAAAUAUUUUAAAACAGCUGAGCUAAAAGUUAAUCAGAGAACAGACACAGGAGAGAAGCCUGACUUCUGCUCUUAAUGUGGCAAGAGUAACUCAAGUAAAACUGAAAGUCACCAAGUAGAAUACCACUUGAGUAAAAGUAUUUGGUUUUAAAUAUACUUAAGUAUCAAAACUAAAAGUAUGAAUCAUUUCAAAUCCCUUAAAUUAACCUCUACGGGAUGGGUGUUCCUAAAACAGGACGGUUGUUGCUAAUGUGACUAUAAUGACAUUGUAUUCAACAGCUAACUUUCUGGGACAUAGACAUGUCUUUUAUAUGGGCAGAAAGCU